AUGGAUGCAAGGGACUCUGUAGAUCAUGAAGAAAACCAUACGCCGUCGAGCUUUCUUUUUUUCUUCUUCGUCUUCUUCUUCUUAUUCUUCAUUUUUCUGCUUCUUUUUCUUCUACUUUUCUUCUUCUUCUUUUUAUUCUUCUUCAACUUUUUUUCUUCUUCUUCUUCUUCUUCUUCUUCUUCUUCUUAUUCUUCUUCUUCUUCUUUAUUUCCUAGGAUGUGGCCAAUCAAACUAGCUAUCCGAGUUUAUUUUAUCUAUCUAUCUAUCUAUCUAUCUAUCUAUCUAUCUAUCUAUCUAUCUAUCUAUAGUCUUCUGUUCAUGUCUAUCUAUCUAUCUAUCUAUCUAUCUAUCUAUCUAUCUAUCUAUCUAUCUAUCUAUCUGUUAAUUUCAUACAGAACUACUAUUUCUCUCCCUCUCACAAUCUAUCUAUCAACAUCUAUCUAUAUUUGUGUAUAUAUAUAUAUAUAUAUAUAUAUCUUAACCGAUUCAUAUCUAUCUAUCUAUCUAUCUAUCUAUCUAUCUAUCUAUCUAUCUAUCUUAACAGAUUUCUUUAUUUCUAUGAAUCUAAAUGGAUUUCUAUCUAUCUGGCUAUCUAUCUCAGUUAGUUCAUGUCUAUCUAUCCAUCUAUAUAUCACCUCUCCGUCUAUUCCUAUCUAUCUAUCUAUCUAUCUAUCUAUCUAUCUAUCUAUCUAUCUAUCUAUCUAUCUAUCCCAAUGGAUUUCUUUUAUACUACAUUAA